GCCAUUUUGUGUGAGGAGCCUGUAGUAACAGCUCCAACCAAACACUGUUUCUUCGCUCGAUUACUCGCACCCGAGACGGCGGGGGCCCGAAGACCAGAGUCUAUUGCAGCUAAAAUGCACAGAACCACUCGGAUCAAAAUCACAGAACUCAACCCUCACCUGAUGUGUGCGCUGUGCGGGGGAUAUUUCAUAGACGCCACAACCAUCAUUGAAUGUCUACACUCAUUUUGUAAAACUUGUAUCGUUCGCUACUUGGAGACCAACAAAUACUGUCCGAUAUGUGACGUACAGGUUCACAAAACUAGACCCCUCCUUAGCAUCAGGGCCGAUAAAACGUUACAAGACAUAGUUUAUAAAUUAGUUCCGGGGCUUUUUAAAGAUGAGAUGAAGAGGCGGAGAGACUUCUAUGCAGCCCAUCCCUCCGCAGAUGUCACAAAUGGUUCAAACGAAGAUCGCGGGGAAGUCACAGAAGAGGAGAAGAGAAUUAUUACAGAUGACGAAAUAAUUAGUUUGUCUUUAGAGUUUUACGAGGGCAACAAAUCAGAAAAGAAAGAGGUGCCGCAGACUGAAGAUACAGAUAAGGCUAACAGUGUACGGUAUCUGCGGUGUCCCGCUGCAAUGACGGUGAUGCAUUUGGGAAAAUUUCUAAGGAAUAAAAUGGAUAUUCCCAGCAAUUUCCGAAUUGACGUUAUGUAUGAAGAUGAACCCCUCAAAGACUACUACACACUCAUGGAUAUAGCGUAUAUUUAUACAUGGAGACGGAAUGGUCCUUUGCCUCUGAAAUACAAGGUCCAGCCUGCCUGCAAACGGUUAAAACUCAGUCACCCGAAUGAGGACUUCGCUAACACCAGCAUACACUCGGAGAGUGACUCAGUGAGUGACAAAGGCAGCCCAGCCGCCGUGGCCUCCACAUCAUCGUCGCUGCCGAGCCCCGGCACACCGGCAGUGUCUCCCAACCCGCAGUAUCCAGCCGCAGCUGCCUCGGUCGUGAACGGCAACACAAACUGUCACCAGAUGCCUCCAUCUGUCGGUAGAGGCCGCAAAGUGACUGUUAACGGCUCGGCCGCCCCGGCUUCCUGCUGAAAGCCGGACCCAAACUGAAUGUUCAACCAACAAAGGAGAAGGGACUCGCCUGUAUAUUAAAGACGGCGCAGCCACCAUCACACUGGCUUCUGCGCCGUUUAUUAAAUGUAAUAUAUAUAUAUAUAUAUAUAUUCUGUUUAGCAAUAUGGUUAUUGUCAGAAACAUUUGUAUUCCCAAACAGAUUUGUAAAUGUAAACGGAUAUAACGCACACAUACACACACACAUGCACCUCCAGUCCCAGACGUAGCUGUUCAUUUUCCCUAAUUGCAAAUGUCGAGUCUAGUCGAUCUAUUUUUAAUGAAGGAUUAUUGGGCCGUAGGAUACUGUUGGGUCGUCACUGUGUUUACUGGGAAAUCAGGCCUGGAUUUUGUUUUUGUAAAACCCGUAUAUUUAACAAAAAAAAUUGCCUUAACACCAGCCUCAUUCAUGGCAGUUGUUAACAGGGGAACAUAAUAUUUCUGGUAUUGUGGCAGGUAUUCUCUAACCAGCCUGUUCAUCGACGUUAUUACACACCUCUGGAACAGGCGGGUCUCUUGACUCAGAAGUAAGGACACUAGCACUACGCCACAAGUAACCCUCUUCUCUCCACUUCCCAAUGGUUUUGUGAAGAAGUGAUCUCAGUUCAAAUUGGAUAGUGGUGUAGUCAAUUAAAGUUGACCAGGUCCAGGAGAGACACGUUUUGGAAGAUCCUCUGAAUAUUAGGAGGAAGUUUUUUUUCUCUCUAAUCGCGCAUGUGUCUUUGUGUAUCUGACAAGGCAACAGGAGGUUCGAGAUCUGUUGUUCAUCUUUAUGUAGGGAAUCCUUUCUUUAAAAAAAGGUCCUUGAUUGGACUUGACGUGGCCUAAGGAACAGUUUGUAAUUUUAGGGAAACAUAUUCAGUUCACACUACAAACUUGUGUUGUGGUUCACUCAUUUUGUGUUCCAACAUCAUUGUGGGGAAAUUAAACAACGUCUACGGUCAAGAUUUGCGAGGUCAUCAGUUUCUGAUCUCAAUUAACAUGAGGAAAAGCUGGAUACCUAAUUCAGGCCAGAGAAAUUGAUCAUCUUACCUCUUCAUCACUGCACCUAAUGGGAAUCAGUAUCCCUGAGGAUAAGGGUUGGGCGUGAUCUUUCCAAUCUCAGGGACACUUUUAACCAUCAUCCAAAUACCUUCGGAAAAGCUAUUCAUAGUGGCGUUCCUAGGUAUUGCUACAUUCCCAAGUCGACCUCCUAGAAUUUUUUCAACAGCUAUGGUUAGAUUGAAAAGGGGUCGGUUCAGAGACGGAUAAGCUAUUUUAUGUGAAUGGUUUUACUUUGUGUGAAAAGCAUACGAAAUGCAAUUGAGAGUAACUGGAUUGGAAACUAUUGCUGCAAGUUCUCAGCUACAAUGGUUAGAAUGACGCCAAGGCUGUAUAUAGUCAAUUGUUUUAAUGAUUUUGUUCCUGAUUCUACGCGCUCCGUCAUUUUCUUCAUUUAAGACGUGGCUUUUUAAAACACUGACAACGAUAAUCAAAUAAUCACUGCUAAAGAAUUAAGGUAACAAACAAACUGGGUUUGCUGCUUAGUACGAAUUGUGAUUUUCCCUCUUUAUUUAAUCAAUUAACUGGAAUCUACUGUACGAUUUAGCAUUUUCUUAACGUGGCAUGUGUGAUAUUGAGAAAGAGAGAAAAAAAUGUUAAGACUGAAUGAAACACAGACCUUAGCAAUUAAAUAUAUCUCUGUCCUGGUAACGACUUGCUACGACACAGCAAAAGGAACUGAGUUGAGAAUUAAUAAUGUUUCAUAAAUUUUUAUUUUAUGUUUUGAUAAACCUAUUAAACCAUUCUAGAAGCCUAUUUACUUUAAUUAUAAACAUCUUCCAGUGUUUAAAAAUAAUCUUUCGAUUGUAGACUGGAGAAU